AAGUCUCGAAGCCCAGUCACUGAUUGGCACAACCUGACGGACGGCCCCCCCUGGAUUAGGUACAGCCUCUAGCUCGCUCUAUAUCGUUCCUCUAUAAAGCAGGGAAGUCGAUGUGACGGUGGAGCGUCACAAUAAGCAGAAAUCUGCACCAUGAACGGGGACGUGACCUCAGCCAGUUCCUUCCCAGGUACAUUAGCGGUCGAUAUGGACCACAUCGCGUGGGGCAAGACAAACCGGUCGGAGUCGGAUUUCCGAAGUAAGCGAACCAUGUCGCUGCCCUACAUAACUGACAGGCCUAGGUGAUGUGAUAACAACGCCGACGCUUGGAAUGCUGGCUGCCAUGGCCACGACCAGUCUUGGAGACGAUGUCUUCCAAGAGGACGAGACAACAACGGGCUUUGAGUCGCUCAUGGCAUCGCAGUGCGGACACGAAGCCGGCGCAUUUGUUAUCUCGGGGACCAUGGCAAAUCAGCUAGCCAUCAGGACCCUUUUACCACAGCCUCCAUGCGGGAUCCUCGUCGAUGCGCGGGCGCAUGUAAUCCACUUCGAGGGCGGAGGUAUUGGCAUGAGUGGCGCUUCGGUGCGAACUGUCCGACCAUCCAACGGCCGUUACAUGGUGCUGGAAGACAUCAUCAGUCGAGCCAUCGUUACGGAUGACGUCCACAAGGCCCCAACUAAAGUGAUUAGCAUCGAGAACACUGCUGGUGGUAGUGUUGUACCAGUCUCAGAGCUUCGACGAGUCAGUGAGUGGGCGCAUAGCAACGAAAUCAAGGUGCACAUGGACGGCGCAAGAUUAUUCGAAGCGGUUGCAACCGGAGCCGGGAGCCUCUGGGACUAUUGCACGCUCUGCGACUUGGUCAGUUUGGAUUUCAGUAAGAACCUCGGAGCGCCUAUGGGCGCGAUGGUUCUCGGUUCAGCGAAGGAUAUCGCACAGCUUCGUCGCAUUCGCAAGAGUCUCGGUGGAGGGAUGCGACAGUCCGGUCCCCUGGCGGCAGCAGCACAGUUUGCGGUUGUGGAGCAGUUCGGAAUCGGUCCCUGGGGGAGCCGCAGCAAGUUGAAAGCUGUCCACGAUUUGGCGAAGCGUGUCGGGGAGAUGUGGAUGGGGUUGGGAGGCGAGUUGUUGCGCGAGGUCGAGACGAACCAAGUCUGGGUCGACCUGGGAAAGGCAGGCAUCAAAACUGAGGAAUGGAAUGAGCUCGGGCGGAAGCACGGAAUCAAGUUGGAUGGGAAGCGAAUCGUGCUGCAUCAUCAAAUCUCGAUGGACGCUGUUGCCCGACUGGAAAAUGUAUUUAAUGAGGCACGGAGGGCGCGUCCUCGUUUGUGAUAUGUAGGAGGAAGAAAUACGAAGCGGCAUCGACAAUGGCGGAUUCCCCUAAAGUAAGACGCGGAAGGUACGAUACUUGUUGGCUCCUUCCUUAUUAACGUCGCUUGGGAGUGGCAAGAAGAUGCCCGACUGAGGAAGGAAGGUGCGUCGCAGGUGCGCAGGUGCUCGGCAGUUGGAAAGGGACAACCUUUGGG